UCUAAUUUGAAGAGCCCUCCUGAUCCCUCCGGAAUCCUGUCCUCCCCCAGCCCCCUCCGAUCACCACAAUGUCCGUCAAGUUCCAAGAGGAGACCGUCCGCACCGUCACGGGCGGCGGCAAGCCCGAGGACCUCGUGCACCGCGUCGGUGAACGAUUGACCGGUGGAAAGACAGCAGCUGGGUAUCUUCAGGCCUACCUCCUCCAGCUCCAGAAGAACCCUCUGCGCACGAAGAUGCUCACCUCCGGUGUGCUCUCCGGUCUGCAGGAACUGCUGGCUUCGUGGAUCGCCCACGAUGUAGGCAAGCACGGCCAUUACUUCAGCUCGCGCAUUCCCAAGAUGUCGCUGUACGGAAUGUUCAUCAGCGCCCCCCUCGGCCACGUCCUCAUUGGCAUCUUGCAGAAGAUCUUCGCCGGCCGCACAAGUCUCAAGGCCAAGAUUCUUCAGAUCCUCGUUAGCAAUCUGAUUGUCUCCCCCAUCCAGAACAGCGUCUACCUAACCUCCAUGGCUAUUAUCGCCGGUGCGCGCACCAUCCACCAGGUUCGCGCGACCGUUAAGGCUGGAUUCAUGCCCGUCAUGAAGGUCAGCUGGAUCACCUCGCCCCUGUGCUUGGCCUUCGCUCAGAAGUUCCUCCCCGAGCACACCUGGGUGCCCUUCUUCAACAUUGUCGGAUUCUUCAUUGGAACCUAUGUCAACACCCACACCAAGAAGAAGCGUCUGGAAGCUCUCCGGAAGCGCUACGACCAGCGUCGCGACCCCGGCUACGAGAAGCGCGACUUCCCUUAAAUGGGCCGAGUCCGCAAUUGACUGCAAACACAACCGGACGUGUCGGAGACCUUUGUGUGUCGUCUCUUUUGGCUCGUUUGCUGUCACCGAUUUGUCUUUUUCCUUUGUUUAUUAUUCUCCGGUGUUGAUCUAAAUCCAUGUACACACACCCUGUGCAUCUUGAUAUGCCGCAGAUAUUUCCCCCUGAUGUUAUCACUCAAUCUCAUGACGAAUGGCUUUAUAUCUUUCUCUUAUUCCAAUUCCACCCCUUGAAUAUCGGUAUUAU